CCUUGUCAAAACCCUUAUCCUAACCCUCAAUUUAUUAUUUCGUUCGCCCACCACCAUUCCAAGUCAGUCAGGUCACCCACCUCGUUGGAUCAAGCUGCGCUUUUUUCUCAUCCGACUCUUGCCACACCGGUCGUUUUCUUCCCUCCCUUUUGCUUUUCCCCUUUCUUUCCAAUUUCUGUCUUCCUUGUCACUCAGCCGUCCCCUCCCCCCCCCCAAAAAAAAACCGACCACAAGCGACUCCGUUGCAACGAUGGCGGGUAUUUUCCGGACAAUAUAUGACUGGCUCUUGAGGAUGUUUUGGGCGACAGAAAUGGAUGUCACGAUGAUCGGCCUCCAGAAUGCAGGAAAAUCGUCCUUGUUGCGUGUGCUAGCGGGAGGCGAGUUCACUGUAGAUUCUAUCCCCACCAUUGGGUUCAAUACCAAACGGGUUCAAAAGGGCCAUGUGACUCUCAAAUGCUGGGAUCUAGGAGGUCAGCCGCGCUUCCGACCGAUGUGGGAGAGGUACUGUCGGGGGGUAAAUGCGAUAGUGUAUAUUGUCGACGCAGCGGACAAGGCUGCGCUCCCCAUCGCUACCGAGGAGUUACAUGAUCUGAUGAGCAAGCCCACGCUCGACGGAAUCCCUCUGUUGGUGCUAGGAAACAAAUCCGAUCUCCCGAAUAAGCUGUCGGUUGACGAACUCAUCGAUCGGAUGAACCUUAAGUCGAUAACGCGGCGCGAAGUGAGCUGCUACGGGAUUAGUGCAAAAGAAGAGACAAACCUCGACGCUGUCCUGCAUUGGUUAAUCGCUCGAUCCAGUCGAUAGCCAGCUAACGACAAGGCCCACGACGAGCUGCAUUGAAGGUCGGGCGAGCUGGUUCUUUCCUACAUCUUCUCCCAUCAUUCAUGAUCGCCCUUAACCCUUGUAGAUUCCCCCCUCCCCCCAAAGCAUUGUGGCUCUCGGCCCGUAUGUAAUGAUGUC